UAUGUCUAUAAAUAGAAUGCCAUAAAAGGACAAAUCAGUACCAAAAAAAAAAAACUGAAUCAUAUAUUAAAUCCCCUCAUCGAAAGCAACAAGUGAAAUCCAACAAUAACCUCCACCCCACGAUCCCACGCACUUGUCACGGUAUGGGGCACACACUUUUUCGCUUUUUGAUAUGACGCAAGUGCAUCUUCUACGAAAUUUAUUCUAUUCAUUGUUCCUCUUGGUUGAGCGGUUUUUUUUUGCUUUUCUAGACGUGGGAAUUACAUUGGACUUGCAAAAAAACCUCCAACUUCCAAUCUGUAAAAGGAUAGAUCAUUAAUUCAAUUUACUUUAAAGGAAUGGUCAAAGCUCUAUUAAUGUUCAAGUUUAUAGGCAAUGUUAAAAACAAACCAUUAUCUGUUAAGAGGUUAUAAAUUCUUGAGAAACUCUCUAAUUGCCACUACCCAAAUCAUCUCAUGUGAUACUUUAAUUGGUAUAAUUAUAAGAAAAAAACAAAUGGAUUCCAAAUCCCAACCCUUAAAAUCUUUACUAAUAAUGUUAAAAUGACUCUAAUAGUGAUUUAAUUGCAGCCUCGGUCUCCACUGACCCCUUUUACACUUGUUUACAUCUCCAUCCCCUCGGAACCCCAAAAACGCGCUGAACCAUCUAAAUGGAAUGUUUAAUUCCAAUACCCAUACGAUUUAUUAUAACAAAGCCAAACGGGAUCGAUCGCCCGCCUGCCAUCUGUCGUCGUUCCGAAUCGCGCCAAAAAAAGCUCAAUGUGCGAGCAACCCUGGGAACCUAGGAACGGAGAGCAUUCCCACGAACAACCCCUCAAUUUUCAAUAACCAAAUUAGCCUUUGCGUUACCCUAUUUCGGAUAUGAAGGAGUCGUGAAUCUAUUCAUUUCCAUAAAAAAUAUCCUCGGUCCCGCUCGUACGUGUCCCGUCUUGAUAUGUUCAUCCCCCUCGAAUGCACGUGUUCAGAGAUGGUAUAUUUGAGCGUGUAUCGCUUGUGUGCGAGGCUCGAUUCCAGCACCUGCCGGCGCGAGCUGAUCUCAUUGGUCCAUCGCACACUAUCACCGCUACACUGAUUUCUUUUAGACAUAAUUUUUUAUGAUGCGUCUUCGGACAUGCAUUGAAAAAACGUUACAUGUUUGGACCGGUACGACUCCAAAAUGUUGUGCGUAGGUGGUACUAAACCUAAUCUUUGUUUUUUAUAUUGGAAUGCUGAUGUAGAUACUUUGAUUUGAAUAUUUUUAUUAAAUAAAUUUCGAUGGGGUAAAAAGUGAGUUUAUGAUGGGACAACCGAAGAUGACUAUAAGCAUAUCUAAUGUUGUUUUUGUGGGCUUACAAAAAAAAUUAACUCAUAGGUCAAAUAAGAUUCCAUUAAUCAUGUAUAGUUGGAGUGACCCUAUGUCAUGAGGUGAGCAAUGGCACGCGCGAGUAACCCCUGUAAUUAGGGGAACGUACCCCAUGACUUUGGACCCUAAUGUCCAUUGUCUGCCGUCAUGCCACUUAGUAAUGAAGUGGUAAAAGUAUCAAUUUUAUUAUUCAAUAUGAAGACUAACUUAGGGCGCGUGUAUCACACGUGUACUGAACAGAUAGACGAUAAUAUUUAGAUUAAGGAACAAUAUUUUGUUUAUUGGAUAAAUAGGAUAACUAAUAGUAUGAAUUUAUUGUUGACAAUUGACUCUAUUACAAUCAAAGGGUUAGUUAUGAAGAAAAUAAUUCACCAUUUUAACGAGCUGUAUUUAAUAUACAAAAGUAUUCAAUAAUUUUAUUUAAUUAAUAUCAUAUUAAUGUUGUAAUCCUACUAAUAAUACAAAUUUUCAUCAAAACAAACUAACGAAUCCUAACUACUUACACUUGUUAUCCUGUUAAUACUUAACAUAACAGAUAUAAAUGAUAAAGCAGUUUCGUGUUUACAAAAUGUAUAAUAGUCGAAUAAAGCACUCCACACCCACACAUGGGGUGGGGAGCUUUUCACGCAUGCGCAGCUUUUGUGCCGGGGGCGGCCGGCCGGGUAUAAAUAGACGCGCGAACCGAUCAGCCCUACAUUCCCGCUUGUUAAUUCACUAGCAACACACGCUCUCUCAAACUCACCAAAAUGUCUUACUACGCGAAUAACGAAUACAUCAUCUCAACCAACAACUCGAUCAACGAGAACAAGUACAACAGUGAGAAGAUGAAAAACAGUGGUCUCAAGGCUCUACUGAAGCCAUUGAUGAGAAUCAUUAAGAAAACAACAAAACGAUCUCCCGCCAAAACGAUGGACACGUGCUACGAAGACGAACAGAACGCUUGUAAUGAGGCUCUGGAGCGCAAGAUCUACGAUGAGAUGGAUAACUGCCAGUCCACCGCCUUCCUGGUCAAUAACCAAGACAACACAUUCGAUCUCGUGCCAAUCUCUCGUGAAGAUUUCUACAUCCCAGUUCACUUCGCCCGCACAGACGCUGGCACCUUCUUCUGGACAACUGUAUCCAAACCUGAGGCUGACUUCGCUGACGCCCAAUGUUACACGGAGUGCCAAACCGCUGAGCAACAGUACCCAGUCCUCCAAGACCGUUGGGUGCAAGCCUAAAAAGGAUAUAAACAACGAUCAGUGUCUUCCAUUGGAACCAGUGCCUUCCGACAACCGUCUGUGAUGUUAGCUUUAUUACUUUAGUGCCAUAGUUAGGUAUUACGUUAGGUUAAUGUGAUGACUCCAGAAAAGCUUUAAUUGUAUCUACGGUAUUGUGAUAUUUUUUUUUAUUGUAUAAAAUAAUUUAGUUAGAUCGAUCUUAUUGUGAUCAUAGCCAGGAGCUUUAACUAGUUGUAGUAAUUUAUAUUAUUUAUGUUACAUCGAUGUGUAUGAAUCGUGAAGACGAUAAUAAAAUAUUCAUUAAACAUUA